UCCAAAGCCUUUGGUUUUAAUACGCUUGCGCAAUAGCCAUUUCCGGCAGCUGUGUUGUCCAAAUGGUGGAGAAGAAAACUUCGGUCCGCUCUCAGGACCCUGGGCAGCGGCGGGUACUGGACCGGGCAGCCCGGCAGCGUCGCAUCAACAGACAGCUCGAGGCCUUGGAGAAUGACAACUUCCAGGAUGACCCCCAUGCUGGACUCCCCCAGCUUGGCAAGAGGCUGCCUCAGUUUGAUGAUGAUGCAGACACUGGAAAAAAAAAGAAGAAAACUCGAGGUGAUCAUUUUAAACUUCGCUUCCGAAAAAACUUUCAGGCCUUGUUGGAGGAGCAGAACUUAAGUGUGGCCGAGGGCCCCAACUACCUGACAGCCUGUGCAGGGCCCCCAUCACGGCCCCAGCGCCCCUUCUGUGCUGUCUGUGGCUUCCCCUCCCCAUAUACCUGCGUCAGCUGUGGUGCCCGGUAUUGUACUGUGCGCUGCCUGGGAACCCACCAGGAGACCAGAUGUCUUAAGUGGACCGUGUGAGCCUGGGCAUCCCUGGAGAGGCAGGGCCUCUGUGUAUCACCUGGCCUCUGAAAGGCAUCACUAGAAGGAGGGGGAUCUCCCUGGAGCAAGAGAGGAGCCACUUUCUCACGCACUUAUCCAACAAAACAACCUACCAGUGAAGACCAGUCUCACAUCCAGGGACUAUGGUGGGAGGUGGGCCGGGCACACUGAGUGCUGUUAUAAUAAAGGUCUCAUGCUAGGA